AUGCGAGGUUUAUUGCACUGUUUACUUCUAUCUCACUGUCAGUCUAGAAGUCUCCAAAUGAUGCGUUCCGUUUAUCUACCUAUCUAUCUAUUCGUAUCUAUGUCCGUAUCUAUUCAUAUGUCUACCUAUCUAUCUAUCUAUCUAUCUGUCUAUUCAGAUUUAUCUAUCAGUCUGUUUAGAUUUAUCUAUCUUUUUAUAUCUAUCUUGCUAUCUAUAUAUUCAUAUCUAUUUACGUAUGUAUCUACCUAUUCAAAUCUAUCAACCUGUCUGUCUAUUCUUAUCUAUCUACCUACCUAUUCCUAUCUGUUUACUUAUCUAUUUAUUCAUAUCUAUCUAUCUAUCUAUCUAUCUAUCUAUCUAUCUAUCUAUCUGUGCGUCUUUUCUCUAUCUUUCUAUUUAUGCAUUUUUAAUAUCCAUAUUUGUCUGAAUCAACUCAUAACCUGCAUCUGUUCAUACCAUCAAUAUUCAUUUCUAUCUAUCUAUCUAUCUAUCUAUCUAUCUAUCUAUCUAUCUAUCUAUCUCCCUGUCGAUAGAUCUUCAAGAGCCGAAUUUCAGCAAGCUCACAUGAUUCAUUCAUUCAUUUUCUUCUUUUUUUUUUACUUCUCGUGA